GAACCAGCCCCAUCCCGCCGCAAUGUCAUGGAAAAGGGAGACCGUCCGAUUCCGACACUUUUAUGUGUCCUAUCCGGCGGAACACAUCAUCCAGGUCACCAUCAACCGGCCCGACAAGCUCAACUGCAUCGACAAGGCGACCAGCCGCGAGAUCGCACAGGUCUGGGAAGAACUCGACCGCGAUGAGACAUUGUGGGUGGGCAUCAUCACGGGCGCCGGGCGGGCGUUUUGCACCGGGGCGGAUCUCCACGAGUGGAACGACAUGAACAAGGCGGGCGUGGUCAACGACAUGGCUGCGCCGGGGCUCGCGGGACUCCCCCGGCGCGACGGCAAGAAGCCCAUCAUUGCGGCCGUCAAUGGCAUCUGCAUGGGCGGGGGGUUCGAGAUGGUGGCCAAUUGCGACCUGGUGGUGGCCGCGUCGUCGGCCGUCUUCUCCCUGCCCGAGGUCAAGCGAGGCAUCGUGCCGGUGGCGGGGUGUCUGCCGCGCUUGACUCGCACGCUGGGGUUGCAGCGCACCAUGGACCUCGUGCUAACGGGCCGGACGGUCGACGCCAAGACGCUCUACGAGUGGGGGCUCGUGACGCAGGUGGUGGAUGCCGCCGGCGCCGACGGUGACAAGCUUGUUGUGCGGGCUGCCCUCGAGGUUGCGCAAGCCAUGUGCCGAAACAGCCCGGAUGCGCUCAUUGUCGGGCGGACGGGGGUGCGCAUGGCCUGGGAGGAGGGCAGUGUGGAGAAGGCGGUGUCGGCCUUGGAGCGGGAAUGGUAUCCACGGCUGGUGCAGGGCGCCAACUUCCGCGAGGGCAUCCAGGCGUUUGUGGAGAAGAGGAGUCCCAAAUGGCGGGAUUCUAAGCUGUGA